AUGAUUAUGAUUAACUUUUUUUUGACAAGAGAAUUCCCAAGUCAGCUUCAGGACCUGCAUCCAUCCAUGCUGAAGCAAGAAUAUGCAUCUGUCCCACUUGCACAAUCGGUAGACGAUGUGGUGAAGAAACUGCUUUCGCUGGAGCUUGCAAAUCAUAGUGAAAAACUGCGUUUGAAAGAGGAACAGCUUAUUGCCAAGGUGCGGAGGGAUGAGAAUGACCGCAGCUCAACAGAAGUCAAAGUGGCGAUUUUGACAGCACGUAUUCGCAACUUCCAGGAGCACUUGCACAAGCACCCUAAGGAUAAAGCCAACAAAAGAUGGAUGCUCAUGGCCAUCGACAGGAGGAAGAAAAAGCUGAAGAUUCUGAGAAGGACUCGUUAUGAUUCCUUCGAGAAGGUGUGUCAAGAGCUUGGAAUCACAUACACGUUCCCUCCUGAAUAUUAUCGGCGGGUCACCCGACGUUGGCUGGCCAAAAAGGCCUUCUGCAAUAAGGUCUUUCAAGAAGUCCAGAAACAAAAAGCAGAGCAGAGAGAGAAACAGAGAGCAGCGGAGGCUAAGGGAAAGGAGCCAGCAACCUCUACAGAACCACAAGGAACUGUAGCAUAGUGAUGUUCAGACAGCUGUCAAUACUUGUGUGCUGACAAGUCCAGAAGAACAACCUGAUACAUCAACAUUCAAAGAAAAAUUAAACAGAAACAUCAUGCUCCACAUCAGAUUAUAAUCAUUUAUUUUGCCUUUCAUUGAUAAUUCACUUAUUUCUCUGAAUGUUUUUUGGCUGCACCAAAUAAAAGAGCUUAAAAUU